GUAAUAAAGGAAAAUAUAUGGAAAUUAAAAGAAACAGAAAGUGCUCGGGAAAAUGAAUUAGCUGAAAUAAAGAAAGGGGAAUUUAAAAGGGAGGAAUUUGCUUCGGCCGAGUCGGUUUAAUUCCGUCAAUUCAAUCAGAAAUCUCCCUAUCCAAAGCCCUAAUAAAUCUUGAAAUCAGUUACGUUGUUCAAUAAGAAAUCUCACAACAAAGCCCUAAUCUCUCUUGAUCUCUAUUUCGGAAUAUGAUGGACGGUUCUUGGAGGUACGGAGAUAGUCGGCAGCAGGUGGUGGCGACUCCUCUCGUUGGAAAACGACCUCGAUCCGACUACCAGAUGCCUAGUGGCCAUGACUUGACAAACUAUUAUGCUCGCGAGGAUGAAAGGAGAGGACACCAUGUCAUUAGAGAUACUGACUCGAUCAAUGCAUCAUAUGACCGAUACCUACAAGGCGGGCAAAUAUCACCUUAUGCUGGGGGCGAGUCUACAAUAUUGAUGAGUGGUGGACUUGGUGGACACCAUCGUGUUGAUGAUCCUCAUGUCACAAAAAUUGGGGGAUCAGAUUCAGUGGUGGCUGCAAGCUGGACGAUGGGGAUGGGAGGGGGGAGACCUGAAAUUUCACUCCCUCCUGAUGCUACCAGCACACUCUUUGUGGAAGGCUUACCUGCGAAUUGUACUCGCAGGGAGGUGUCUCAUAUAUUUCGUCCUUUUGUUGGCUACAAAGAAGCAAGGCUUGUGACCAAAGAAUCAAGACAUCGUGGGGGUGAUCCAUUCGUUCUAUGCUUUGUUGAUUUUCUGAGUCCAGCUCAUGCAGCCGCUGCAUUGAAUGCUUUACAAGGUUAUAAAUUUGACGAGCAUGAACGUGACUCAGACCACUUAAGGCUGCAGUUUGCUCGCCAUCCUGGUGCAAGGUCAGGGGGUGGGCAUCGUGGGAAACGUUGAGUUUUUUGUGGUUUUACAGGUGAUAAAUGCUAUCCACAGGCUUAGCCUCUUCCUAUCUGUGGGCUUUAGAAUUUGCUGAGGUUCCACAAUGGUUGAAUAAAUUUCACUGAAUUGUGGAACUACGCUUCUCUGUAGGACCCACCCAUCUAAGGAUAUUUACGCUGAUGAGUAUCCCAGCUUUGAAGUUUCGUAAUUACUCAAGAGAUGCUUUCUUAGGACCAGCUCGUGGUCGUUUAGUGGAGGGACAACCGGUUGCAUUUAAGGCUUGUUACCCUAAACUAUUUCUCCACUUUCUGGUCUCCCACGUUUAGUUACAGUUAUGUAAUAUCUUACUAGUUAAAACUUUUUCCCCGUUGUUGUCAUAUGUUUGAAAAAAUUUAUAACUCGUAAUUUGGAGAGUAUUUCCUAGUACUGUGCUCCCUGCUUCAUGGUGUACAUCAGUGGUCGAUGAUUUUCACUUGGUUUGCAUUAAUGCUUAAGUUUUAGUUUUUGAA